UCGCCCUUGGCCCUACCCUAGUCAGGAGGUUCUUGGAGCAUGCGCAGUUGCCUUUCCGGCUCUUCCUGCCUUUGGCGUACGUCAACAUGGCGGCCUCCGUUUUGCGUUCGUGGCUGAGGCUCCUUCCUAGCCUUUCGCCCUUCAGAGGUGUCUACGGAGUUCAGGUUCCUCUUCAGACUCUUUGCACCAGAGGCCCCUCUGAGGAAGAUUCUUUGUCCCCAAUUCCGAUAACACCUUAUAAGAAUGAACCCUGGAAAUAUCUGGACUCAGAAGAAUACCAGAACCGCUAUGGCUCUCGCCCCGUCUGGGCUGACUACCGUAGAAACCACAAAGGUGGAAUACCCCCACAGCGGACUAGAAAGACAUGUAUUCGUAGAGAUAAAGUUGCUGGGAAUCCCUGUCCCAUCUGCCGGGAUCACAAGCUGCAUGUUGACUUUAGGAACGUGAAGCUCUUGGAACAGUUUGUCUGCGCCCACACAGGUGUCAUCUUCCAUGCUCCAUACACAGGGGUCUGUAUGAAGCAACACAAGAAGUUGACCCAGGCCAUCCAGAAAGCCAGAGAUCAUGGUCUCCUCAGUUACCACAUUCCUCAGGUUGAACCUCGGGACCUUGACUUCAGUACCUCUCAUGGAGCUGUGAGUGCUACUCUGCCAGCGCCCUCCCUGGUUUCAGGUGACCCCUGGUAUCCAUGGUACAGCUGGAAACAGCCACCAGAGAGAGAGUUGUCCCGCCUUCGACGGCUCUAUCAGGGCCAUCUCCGAGAAGAGAGUGGUCCCCCACCUGAAUCAAUGCCUGAGGUGCCCCUCACAACCCCAGCUGAAGCCUCCUCCACUGAGCAGAAGAGCCCCCAGAGUGCUCUGUAGGAGCUGUAGACUGGGAAGGAGUUAAGAGAUAGUGCCUAGGAUGGGGCACCUGGGUGGCUCAGUGGGUUAAAGCCUCUGCCUUCGGCUCAGCUCAUGAUCCCAGAGUCCUGGGAUCGAGCCCCGCAUCGGGCUCUCUGCUCCACGGGGAGCCUGCUUCCCCCUUCUCUCUCUGCCUGCCUCUCUGCCUACUUGUGAUCUCUGUCAAAUAAAUAAAUAAAAUCUUAAAAAAAAAAAAAAAGAGAUAGUGCCUAGGAAUUACAUGAUGGGAUUUCACUCUGGGGAAUUUUGUCUCUAUGGCCAAUGGCAGGCUCAGGGCCAGAGAGAAGAAAUGAUUGCUGUUGAAUGGAAUAAAUGCUUCUGAGGCUUAGGGGAGGGCAGGACAGAUGUGUAUGGGAAACCCCAUACUCUAUAUAUUGUAAGUAAUAGGCUAAACGUUGUUACUUGCUUCAGAUUUCUGUUAACUUGGCUUUUUCACAAUAAAGCUGUAUCUCCUGUU